AUGGCGCACAUCGCGGCCGCCCUGCUGUGGAUGUGGGUGCACGGAUCUGUGCUCUGCAGCGCCGGUGCUGAUGAUGUUUCCGUCCUGAACCGGAGGAGCGCGCACCACGGUCUCGGUCUCGCUCUCGGCGGGACUCAGCAGCACAUGAGCGGAGCUACUGUACCGGAUUCUCCGCGGAGGUCGGUGAGGUCGGCGGGAGCGGACAGGGUGUCCGUACUGAGCAGCUCGUUCGUGCUGAAGGGGGACGCUGCGCACAACCAGGCGAUGGUGCACUGGACCGGAGAGAACAGCAGCGUCAUCCUCAUCCUCACGAGGUAUUACCACGCUGAUUCCAACAAGGUGCUGGAGAGCUCCCUCUGGAGGUCGAGCGAUUACGGCACCACCUACACCAAACUCAACCUGAUGCCCGGGACCACCAUCAUAGCCACCAACUUCUACAUCUGCCCCAGUAAUAAGAGAAAGGUAAUCCUGAUCAGCAACACCAUUAAUGAACAGGAUCAGAUGUUGUUCAUCAGUACAGAUGAGGGAGCCUCGUUCCAGAGACAGCCGCUCUCCUUCAGCGUGGAGACGCUUCUCUUUCACCCGUCAGAUGAGGACAAACUGCUGGCCUACAGCAAAGAAGCUGCGCUCUACGUGUCCACUGACCUGGGUCGCAAAUGGAAUCUGCUGCAGGAACGAGUGACCAAGGACCGAGUUUUCUGGUCUGUACCCGGAGUCGAUGUUGAUCCUGAUUUAGUUCAUAUGGAGAUACAGGACACCAGUGGAGAGUACCUCUACGUGACGUGUCUGAUACAGAACUGUUCGGAUAAGAUGGUUACAGCUCAGUUUUUGGGGAAAAUCGACCAGAACUCUCUCUCCGUCCAAAACGACUACGUGUUCGUCAAGGUCACCACGGUCAAUCGGACGAAGUGCUUCGUCUCUUAUCGGAGGAACGAGUUUCUUCAGAUGCGCCUCCCUAAAUUCGCUCUGCCAAAGGACGUCCAGAUCGUGAGCACGGACGAGAACCAGGUGCUGCUGGCUCUUCAGGAGUGGUACCAGACCGACACCUAUAACCUGUACGCGUCAGACCAGCAGGGCGUGUUCUACUCCGUCCUGCUGGAGAACGUCCGCAGCACCAAGCAGCCUGAGGAGAACGUGGUCAUCGACGUGCUGGAGGUACGUGGGGUCAAGGGCGUCUUCCUAGCCAAUCAGAAAGCGGACGGCAAGGUCACAACUCUCGUCACCUACAACAAGGGGCGGGACUGGGAGCCCCUGAUUCCGCCCACCACCGACAUGAACGGCAAACCAGUGAACUGCAAACAGCCAGACUGUCACCUUCACCUCCACCUGAGAUGGGCCGAUAAUCCCUACGUCUCAGGAACGGUCCACACCAAAGACUCCGCCCCCGGCCUCAUCAUGGGUGCAGGUAAUCUGGGCUCUCAGCUGGUGGAGUACAAAGAGGAAAUGUACCUCACCAACGACUGUGGGAGAACCUGGAGACAGGUGUUUGAGGAGGAGCAUCACAUCCUGUUCCUGGACCACGGCGGCGUCAUCGUGGCCAUCAAAGACUCGUCCAUCCCACUGAAGAUCCUGAAAUUCAGCGUGGAUGAAGGACGUACGUGGAGCGUCCACAAUUUUACCAGCACGUCUGUGUUUGUGGACGGCCUGCUGAGUGAACCUGGGGAUGAGACGCUUGUCAUGACUGUAUUCGGUCACAUUAGCUAUCGUUCAGACUGGGAGCUGGUGAAGGUGGAUUUCCGUCAGUCUUUCCCCCAUCAGUGUGAUGAAAAGGACUACGACUCCUGGAGGCUCACCGACCUGCAGGGAGAGCAGUGCAUUAUGGGACAGGAGCGAAGCUACAGGAGACGGAGGGCGGCGUCGCUGUGUGUUAAGGGGAAGAGCUACGUGUCGGCGCUCACGGCUAAACCCUGCCAGUGCACGGAGAAAGACUUCAGCUGUGAUUACGGAUUCGAGCGCAGUCAGAAAGCCGAGGGGGGCGACCGCUGCCUCCACGACUUCUGGUUCGAUCCUGAAGCUCCGCCCGAAAACUGCCACUCAGGACACGCCUACCAGAGCAGCACAGGCUAUCGUAAGCUCAUCUCUAACGUGUGUGAAGGCGGGACCGAUAAAGAGAAGAGCACCAAGCAGCGCGCCUGUCCGCUGAUGCCCCCCGGUGGCCUGCAGCUGGGCAUCAAGGGGAAAACUCUCACCGUGGCGCCGGGCGAGGACGUCACCUUCGUGGUCCAUCAGGAGCGGGGCGACACCGGCAGCACCAGGUACCAGGUGGACCUCAGCGACGGAGUUCGGGCCAUUUACCAGAACCUGACGCUGACGGACGAGCCCAUCCAGCACCGCUACGAGAAGCCGGGCUUCUACCGGGUCAGCGUGAGGGCCGAGAACCCGGCGGGUCACGAUCAGGCUGCGCUUUACCUCCACGUCACGCCACCUCUGCAGGAAGUCCACCUGGAGGUGGUGCCCGUUGCCAGAAGGAAUCAGGAGGUGAACCUGACAGCCGUGGUGCUUCCUGAAGACGCCAACCUGACCGUCUUCUACUGGUGGAUCGGGGAGCAGCUGCAGCCCAUGCUGACCCUGGAGAACAGUAUCAUCACCAGAUUUUCAGAAGAAGGCGAGCUGUCCGUCACGGUUCAGGUGUCCAACGGCCGAUCCACGGUGCAGGACAGCAAAACUGUCCGUGUUUAUGAUCAUUUCCAGGUGAUUCCGCUCAGCUUCAGUCCAAACCUGGAUCGCUUCAACCCCAACAUUCCAGAGUGGAGGAGGGACGUGGGACGUGUGGUCAUCAAGAUGCUGGCCAAGGUGACAGGACUUCCUCAGGAUUCCAUGAUCACCAUGGUGAAGCCCGGACUGCCAACCAAAGCCGACCUGUACCUGCUACCUGUGGAGGAAACUCCAACCAAAAGGAGCGUGUAUGUAGAUAAGCAUGUCUCCACUAUACUCCAGGCUCUGAGAGAGACUAACGUGAGCUUUAUUGUACGUGGAGGUUUGAGAGUGGUGGUGACCCUGGCGGAUACAGAUGCAGGCUCUCACAUUGGUGCUGCAGGUCCAGGAUUCUGGGCUUUGACAGGUCUUCUUCUCAUUACCUUCAUCACUACCGGAGUCUUCCUCCUCUACAAGUUUAAAAGAAAGCUGCCGGGCCGCAAUGUCUACGCCCAGAUGCACAAUGAGAAGGAGCAGGAAAUGACCAGCCCGGUCAAUCACAGUGACGACACACAACACAUCAUUCAAGGGGAGGAGUUCAUCGACGAUGACCUCGACUCGCAGACGUUAGGAAACGGACGAGGCAACCACUCGGGAGUCGUGCUGAGCAUCACGUCGAGAGAACUGCACGGAUACCUGAGCAGCUGAUGCCCUCCCACACGAAGGGUUCCCUAGCCACGCCCACCAGGACAGACAAUGACUUUUAGCCCCGCCCCCGCACUGGUGACCCUCACCAUGCCCGGAUGGGAGGCAAAGUGGAAUUGCAAAUGCACCUGAUA